AUGUCGACGACGACUGCGGGCGCGCGCACGCGAGACAAUCGUCAUGCAACAGGCAAAGCGCGAGUUCAGGUGUGGAGGCGCGUGGAGUGCCGCGUCGGGCGCCGCCCGGAAAAGCGACAAGCCCAAGGGCCGUCAAGGAACCGGCGAAGAAGGACAGUGGACGAGGCGCAAGGUGGUCGCCUCCAGGUGAGCGUGGCGAAGGCCGGAGACGCCGACGGACGUGGUGACCGCGAGGACAAGCCCGCGGAGGAGGAGGAGGAGGCGAAGGAGGAGGAGGCGGAGGCGAAGGAGUGGCGGCGGAGAAGCCCGAAACUGCGGCGCGGUGGCGGCCAUGCUCGGGAGGCGUGGUCCGAGUGGAAGGCGUUCAAAGAGCGAGACCACGGCGCAGUAACGCGCGGCUCGUGGUGCAGCGCAACGCGCUGCGUCGUCGGCGCUGCUGCUCUAUUCGUCAAUCUACUGCGGCGUGGCGGGCCUCGUCCUUCCGCUUCACCGCAGGGCGCUUCGAGGCGUUCUACAGUGCGGCCGUGA